UAUGAAUUUAUUUUCUCAAUCCUUUCCUUGUAUUGUUUACUUCUGGGUAAACAGAAACAGUUCUAAUUUUCAUCCUAUAAGCAAAGAAUAAAACAGUUUCCUUAAUUAAUUCGUUGAAACCAGAUUUUACAGCUCAGGUUCUUAUCCAUUUUGCAUAAUCAUACUGAUCAUCUUGUUAUUGGGUGUUUCUCUUUACUUUCUUUCCAUAGACUCUUUAUCAAAGACUUUUAAAACUUUAUCUACCAUUUGUUUCUAUUUUUCCAAAAAGAAAUUUGUGAAUUUUUCUGUAUAUUCCAAUAACUAGUUAACAUAUUUUAUUCUUGUUGUCUAAAGUUUUAUCACCGAUCGUGUCUCCAUCAGACUCGUUUCUUUAUUCAAACUCUCAACAUAUUAUUAUGUGGAGAAUCUCUACUCAACAACCUUGUAAUUUACUUGGUCUAAUCUUGUACGCUAAAACCGCUUUUGGUGUUCUUAUCUUUCUUUCUUUCUUUCUUCUGGCUGCAUACUUUUGGGUCAUCACUCAGAUUACUGUGGGUUGGUGUUCGGAGCUGAAAUUGUCCGUUAAUGGCGGAAUUUAUCGCAGGGCCUCGAGUGUACAGCUGUUGUAAUUGUCGGAGCCAUGUUUCGCUUCACGACGAUAUAAUUUCUAAGGCCUUUCAGGGAAGACAUGGCCGAGCAUUUUUGUUCACCCAUGCAAUGAACAUUGUGGUUGGACCAAAAGAAGAUAGACAUCUCCUGACUGGUCUCCACACUGUUGCUGAUAUCUGUUGUGCUACUUGCGAUGAGGUUUUGGGUUGGAAGUACGAGCGAGCUUAUGAAGCAUUGCAGAAGUACAAAGAAGGAAAGUUCAUAUUUGAGAAGUUAAAGAUUGUUAAAGAGAACUGGUAACACUACAUUAUUCAGGUCCUUGUUCCAUUAAUUCCAGCCUUGAAGUAACUUUCUAAUGGUUCAUGAAGCUCAUCUUGUACAGGACCAGGAAGUUCUACCCAUUCAAAUAUUUUUCAUUGCUUCUCAUUUCUCAAUCUGAAAUUGUAAUUUGGAUACUCAAUUUAUGUCCUUGGCAUUUUUCAAAUAUGCAAAUUUUUUUUACCUGAUAUGAUUGUUAGAUAUGAAACAUUUAUCUUGUUCUACUUAUCCAAAUAAAUAAAGAAAUAAAUAAAACCUUAAACUAUCAUGUUUAGUUGUUCAAAA